CUGUUACUAGGUUGCGCGGCGAAAGGACUUCAUUUCCCAGCAGGCUUUGCCGACGGCCGAAGCAGCUGCAAGGCUUGUGGAGAGGGCGAGGAAAAAGGUUUGGUCUUGCUUGUUCAAUGGCGGUCAUGAGACCCCGAACUGAGCUUUAUCGCUGGCGACGUUUCACGCAGCCUUCGUCGCGGCAAAAGAAAAAAAUUGAUGCUGACAGUGUAGAACACUGGAUUAAGCGGGUAGAAGAAGCCUCUGAAUUUGCUGUUGCUGAGGUCUUUUCCUUUAAAAAGACACCUUAUUCUCCUGGGCUUCAUGGUCCAUUGGUGGAUCUAGAAACAACAGAACAGCUGUUAGAUCAUGAUGAGGCUUAUGUAGAAGCCCAAGAACUGCUUAGUGACUGGAUGAAUUCCAAACUGAAGCUGGAAUUGACAAGUGAUCAAGAAGAUGAUACUGAAAAUGGUGCUGUUUGCUCUGUUCCUCCUCAGGAGCCUCCUGCUGGCUUUCAGAAGUAUGACAGAUUUGAUGAUUUGUAUAGUUAUUUGGAAGAAGAGCUGGAAGAUACAACAGUGCAAGAUUUUUUGCAGCAUUUAUUACAGAGUGAAGUUAUCAGCAAUAGUAUCCUGGAAGACCUUCAAACUGAGGAUCUUAAGGAGAAAAGGAAAGCCAGGGACCCACGGAUUACCAUGGAGCUAAGGCAUAAACAGGUAAAAGAAAAUCGGUUGAAACGGCAGAAAGAGCUCGAGCUUCUAAAACAAGAGAAGGCCCUGAAAAAAGCUGCAAUGUCAGAAGCUCAGAAGCAACUUCAGGAAGAGAAAAAGAAGAAAGUCCUAAAAGCCAAGAGAGAAGAUGAGGAAAUCCAAAAGCAGAUGGUGAAGUUGAGGAAGGAGCUGAUAGACAGAAGACACUUGAUGGAAGAAAUAUGGAAAAUGGGGAAAAAGAAACACAAUUUUAAAAAAGUACGGAAGCUAGUAGGAUUUGGCCUGCCUCCUAAUGUGUCAGCUCAUUUGGAUUGUGAAAAAGAAGAACAAAGGAAGGAGAAACAAAUUAAAAUACAGGAGUUCCUUAACAAGGUUGAGAUUGCAAAUCGGCAGUGCCUACAGAAAUAUUUCUCUGCCUGGUACAAACUUGUUCUGGAUCUCAGGAUUAAGAUGGGAAAAGCAAGGGCUCUUGCUGACUGGAAGUGUCAAUUGAGGACCUUGCGAGCUUGGAGAGAUUACACAUGGUCUCAGAAAAUGGAGCAGGAAGCUCAAAAAAUGGAGAACUAGCUUCGAGAUCAGAACAGGAAAAAACAGCUGGCGACCGAAUUUAAUCGAAAAUGCACUUUGCGCCAUUUUUUUGCUGAAUGGCAAAGCUGGAGCCGAACAGAAGCAGAAAAAAGAGACAUCGAGUUGAAAAAGGAGAAAACAAAGAGGAAAAUGGCAACUUUGCUAGAGGAAGUUAUGCUGGGGAAAACUGCUGCAGAAAGCUCAUGGAAUGCUGAGAGACUUGGAAAAAAAGAGGAAUCCCAGGGCCAGCCUUUGAAGCAUUCAGAGGUAGCUGAAAUACCUCUUUUACACGGUGAGCCUCCAAGUGCAAAACAUAAAACAUUAAAUUCUGGCUUUUCAGAGACAAAUCAGAAAUGUAGUCAUCAUUUUCCAAAGAAGCCCAAAUGGGCAUGGCAGGUCACCCAGAAGCAUGCUGCUCUGAAUGCCCAGGACCGUGCUAUGUUUGGCAAUCAGAUGAGAAAUUCCUUGCAACAUCUUGGAAUGGCAAGACAAAAAAUGGCCCCUGCAUUCUGCAGUUCCAUGGAGCACUGCCAUGACUUCCAGCAGCAGCUGAUUGAAAAACAAAGACAACAACUUCAAGAGCAGCAACAACUGAUCCUUAAACUUCAGGAAAAUGUGAGGUUAAAAAUGGGUAGAGAAGAGACUGAGGAAGUCACAGCUGAUACCCUGACACUUAACAACCAUACUGCAAAAGCUAGGGAAAGAAAAGAGUCAAAUUUAAAGAACACAGAGCUUUUAAGGUCAGAAAAUCGACAGUCAGCUGCCCCAAAUCGGAAAAACCUGAAAGUGGUAUCUGCACCACAUCCAUUACUUAAAGCCAUGGAAGAGAGAGCAGUACAGAGAGCAGAACGGAGGAAGGAACUGGAAGAAGCAAAAAAGAAACGAGAAGAAGAAAAGUUGGCCCAGAUGCAGGCUGAAGAAGAAGAGCGGCAAAGGAGAGAGGCAGCAGAAAAGGAGGCUCAGUUAGAGAAGAGACGAGAGGAGAGAAAACUGCAAAAAAUUAAAGAAUUGGAAAAGCAGAAAAGAUUGGAUAGAGAGCAGCAGCUGUUUUUAAAAGCAACAGAACACUACAAUAAGGUUUUAGUUAAGAAGCAGGGACUAGAGCCUUGGAAAAAACUAAUAAAACAAUCUCAGGAAAAUAUGGUGGUGGCACAAAAGCACCACUUCUUCAGGCUGCAAAGAAAGUAUCUGCUUGCCUGGCUUCAUCAUAUGCAAGAGAUACUUGCUGGAAAAAUAGCUCAGGCGGAAAAACUUCAUUCCUGUCUGUUGCUCAGAAGAUCCUUCAGAAUUUGGGUACAGUACAAGGAUGCCAUAUCUACUAUGGAACAGAAUGCAACCAAACACCAUGAAGCCUCCCUUAAAAGGAAAGUAUUUUGGGCUUGGUUUGAUAUAUUCAGUGAGGAGAAGAGUGUGCUCUGGGAAAAACAGAAGACUGCAGAUCAAUAUAGUGACAGGAGGAUAAUGCUGACUGCAUUCGGAGCCUGGAGGCAAUUCCCAAGAUUGAUGAAAGAGGAAAGAGAGAAGGAAGAAAGACUACAACAGCUAAGAAAGAAAGUAUCUGAAAUUCUGCCAGACUUCCAAACAUAAAAAGGACAUUCCAGACCAGAAAUCAGGGAGAAAAAGGAGUUCACAUGCCUAAUUCCAUGAUUAAGAAUCCACUACAUUCCAGAAAACAGGGGCUGUAUGUCUCUGUUUUCUUUCUGACAGCAUCUUUGUUCCUUGGAGAAAAUGUCCUACUCAGUUUCCUUUGUAAGUACAGAAUGUAGCAGGAAAAGAGAAGUCAAAGCUUUUUUUUCUCCAGAUACAACCUCCACCUAAAAGAAGACCUAUAUAAUAGUCCUCUCUAAUUACUGGGAAAGUAAUCAACCCUGCUAAAACAAUUGGAAUACUUCCAUGUACUCUCCAGUGACAUAUGUGGUGCCGACACUGUGGUUAGUUGUUAUAUGUGAGAAUAUAUUUAUGUAUAAGAAACUUCCUGAUGUUAACACCAGCCAUAAAAGGUUGAUGAGUUGUGUAUCUUACUUGUUCUGAUGACUGCAUUGCUCUAGCAAACAGGUUUGCCAAUGAAAUCGUGCUUCCCACAUCACUUUUUUAAAACCUGUCUAUCUUUUUUGGAUCAGAUGUGAGAAGAACAUUCAUUGUUACAUGCAGCAACGUUUUUGUAGGCUGUGUACCAUAGGAAGCUCCAGUAAAGAAAUAACUGUUUUUAAUGUAGAGAGAUGGCUUACUUUAUCAUGAAGUUUUAAAAUAUAUCCUUAAGUCCAGAA